AUGACUUCAACUCCAACACUUGCUCUUGUAAGAUCAGAAGAUCCAACAUGGGCCCAUGCACGUGUUGUGCCAGGGGCAAGAAAUAAUACUGAAUGUUUAUAUUGUAAUAAAGUAAUUAGAGGUGGUGGGAUCACUCGGUUGAAGUAUCAUCUAGCUAGAAUUUCAGGCGAUAUAGAAACAUGUAAAAAUGUGUCUGAAUAUGUAAAGUGGCAAAUGAAGGAGUUGCUUGAUGAAAUGAAAAAAAACAAAGAGAAGAAAAGAAGAAUAAGGUCAGAGAUUGGAGGCGAUAUAGAUUUAACAUCUGAUGAUAUUGAUGAUAGUAAUAGUAUGGAGGGACAAUCUCAGCUUUCAAAAGGUAAGGGGAAGUCGAAAGAAUCUGGAACUGGAAAGUCAGUGGGGGGAUUGAGUAGAUUUUUUGCUCCAAGAACAACUCCUGGAGCCCAACCUUCAAUUAAGAGUUAUAUGUGUUCAAAUGAGAUGAUUGUAAAAACAAAGAUGGCUAUAGCACGCUGGUGGUAUGAUGCUAAUCUGCCUUUCAAUGCGGCUCAAUCUAAGUUUUAUCAACUAGUUAUCGAUGCCAUGACUGUCAUCGAGCCAGGAUUCAAAGGCACAUCUUUAUAUGAGUUGAGAGGAAAUUUGUUAAAGAUGGUUGUAGAUGAGGUUCAAGAUUAUUUACAACAAAUUAAGAAGGCUUGGAAUGAGACCGGUUGUUCACUAAUGGCAGAUAGUUGGACAAACCAGAAGCAACAAUCAAUAAUCAACUUUCUAGUUUAUUGUCCGAAAGGUACAAUAUUCUUGAAGUCUGUUGAUACAUCUGGCCUUAGAAAAGAUGCUGAAACAUUGUUUAAUAUCUUUGAUGAGGUUGUUCAAGAAAUUGGAGCUGAGAAUCUUGUGCAGUUCAUAACGGACAAUGAUGCAAGUUAUAAAGUUGCAGGAAAAAAGUUACAACAGAACAUGGGGAAUGAGAUAGUUAAGAUCGUUUUAGAAGAUAAAGAAUUUUUGGCUCAAUGUCAAUUUAUUGUUAAAGUUAGUAAAAGCCUUUGGUUCGUGUUCUACGACUUGUUGACGGGGAUGAGAAGCCUGCAAUGA